AUGUCCAGCGCGGGCAUGUUCACCCCGACGAACAAGAAGGUCGCGCGUCUCUACUGGUACUUCGUCGCCGCCGUCGUUGGUGUACUUGUGUUUCGUCGAGUCGUCGAUCGAGUGAGAGUCUGGCAACUCCGACGAAAUCAACAGCAACCCCAGCGAAUACCUGGGCGUCCCCAAAACGCUUUCGAGCAAUGCUACGACACCACGAUAGCAAUCUGUAGGGAGCUGGCCUACCCGCAGUUGUGGACAUGUACCGGCAAAUUCAGCAGAUAUUUUACGCCUCCGCCGCUCGGCAGGUGUCUGCUCCUGCUCGUUUACUGGGCAGUGAUAUUGACCAUGUUGUGGUCGAAUGUUAUUCUUGCGCCUUCAGCCUCGAAUUACGCCUACAGAUGGGAGAUUGUCGGCUUCCGCGCUGCAUGGGUGUCGAUAACCCAGCUCCCUCUGAUAUACAUUCUUUCCGGCAAGGCCAACAUCAUCACGAUGUUGACCGGGAUCUCAUAUGAACGGUUGAAUUGGUUGCACCGUUGGGUUGGCCGGACGAUAUUCCUGACCGUGAUUGUGCACUGGUCAUACUUUUUCACGGAAUGGACCAUUGCCGACUUUGUGAGCUUCGAGCUGAAGAUUAUGCCCAUGGUAAAAUACGGCUUCGGAGCUUGGGCAACACUAGGCUGGAUGGUGAUCACUGGAUUUGGAUUCUUUCGCAAUCUCUCCUACGAACUCUGGUUUUUGCAGCACCUUGCGGCGGCGCUGGUACUGCUCUGGCUCGUACACAAACAUGUUCCCUCCUACGCGGCGUACAACGUCUGGUUCGCUGUCGGAGUUAUCGUCCUUGACAGGCUGGUGAGGACGGUCAUGUCCCUGGUCAUCAAUCUGCACCUCGACCCCUCCAAGACGCAAAACGUAUCCUCCCGGCGCCGGAUCGGUUAUGAAGCCGAAGUCACGAGUCUCUCGAACGAGUUUCUCUUGGUCAAAAUCCGAAAUGUCGGAUUCUCGUGGCGGCCCGGUCAACAUGUAUAUCUGUCCAUACCUCGGGCUGGUGUAUUCGAAGCACAUCCAUUCACCAUUGCGAGCGUUCCAAGCUCGAUAUCUGGAGCAGAUGGACCGAAUGAUGUUCAACUGUACCUGCGAGUACACAAUGGAUUCACCAAACGAUUACAGCGACAGUGUCAGAGGCAACUGAGGCCACGUGCCUUCUUGUCAUUCAUCAGUGGACCGUGGGGCAACCCUCCUUCGGUGGAGCGCUUCGAAUCCAUGGUCUUUGUGGCCGCGGGGAAUGGCGCAUCCUUCACGUUCCCCAUGUUCCAACAAGCCGUCAGGACGAACAACCACCUGAGGCAAAUAUCAUUUGUCUGGAUCUUCCGGCAGGCGGAACAACUUGACUGGUUCAAAGAACAGCUACUCUCAGCCUGGACGACAGCGCGGAAGCGGAAUGUCAGAGUCAACAUUCACGCAUUCAUCACAGGAUCAGCGCCGGACAGCGUCCAAACGCCAUCCGAGGGCCGCCCGCUGAUCGAACAACGAUCGCAUGCAGAUCCCUCACGUGGUGAAAAGCCUGGCGACGGACUACCUCCGUCGACAGAGAAAAACGAGUCCAUCAAGAAAGGAGAUACAGGUAUUGUCAGAGAAACCUCAGUAUCCUCUUCCGCUUCUUCUUUGAUCAGCGAGCAGCCUACGAUUGCCAUCAAUUAUGGCAGACCUGACCCGGAUUCUCUCGUUCGUCCCAUGGUAGAAGAAGCUUGGGGAGAGACCGGCAUCAUUGCUUGCGGCGGUUGCCAUUUCACCGGGCAGAUGCGUAACUGUGUAGCGAGGCUGUCCGAUGAAAGAGGCGUUCAUAAGGGCACUGGCGCCCAGGGUAUAUAUUUGUUCUGUGAAACUUAUGGAUGGUAA